AUGCUCGGCCAAAACGCGAACGUUGCAAUCAAUCCCGCCACUGCCUCGUUUCCCCCCGUCCAUCCCUUUCCGCAGCCUACAAACUAUCUGCCGCAGUUCUCGCAAAUGAGCUCGAACUGGGAGAGUCAGCCUUCUCCUUCGGCGCUGGAACGAUAUUUGCUGCCGACGGGGCCGAUCGCGCAACUUUACCAAAUUGCCAAUUUUGGAAGCUUAAAUGGCUCCGACAAAAGAAGAAAACGAAAACCAAAGCAAAAAGCGGAGGAAACAGCGCAAAAUGAAGAGUUGAAUUCAGAAGAAGAUCCGACUCAAAAAUGGCUUAAAGCUGGUGGUCGCCGGAAGAGAACUCCUUACAAUUCCCGUCAGUUGAUGGAGCUUGAAGCUGAAUUCUGCCUCCAUCCUUACCUCACUGCUGACAGAAGAGUUCAACUUUCAAACAUCACUAGAUUGUCCGAGCGACAGGUCAAAAUCUGGUUUCAAAACAGAAGAAUGAAGUGGAAAAGAGAAAAGAAAGGAAAAUCAAUCGAGUCGAAAAUUUAUGAAGAAUAA